CAACAUUAAAAACAACCGCCACCGCCAUUGUUAUUUGAGGUUUUGAGGUUAGCUUCUGCUGAAAUAAAAAGGACGCCGGUGUGUUGUUUUACCAAAUAACUAGUCAAUAAAUCCACAAACAUGAAGUUAGUGAGGUUUUUAAUGAAACUCAGUCACGAGACUGUGACUAUCGAGCUGAAAAACGGCAGUGUCAUCCACGGCACGAUCACCGGUGUUGAUGUUGCUAUGAACACACAUUUGAAAGCGGUCAAAAUAACGCUGAAGAACAGAGAACCGAUAUCUUUGGAGACGUUGAGCAUCCGCGGGAACAACAUACGUUACUACAUCCUGCCAGACAGCUUGCCGCUGGAGACGUUAUUGAUAGACGACGCUCCUAAAGGCCGAGGAAAGCGUGAAGGAUUCUCGAGAGGAGGUGGUGGCGGAAGCCGCGGAGGACGCGGGCGGGGGCGCGGCGGCCGCGGCGGGCCCAGGGGAGGCCGUGGGGGCCGCGGCAGGGGCCGCCGAUAAGUUCAGUUCUAAGUUAGUUUUAUUGUAAGGUCCAAACUUUCAUUGUGAUGAGAUGAUGAGUGUUUAAUUAUAAGUAUUCCACUUA